AUGAUCUGGUUGCAUGUAACAGAUCUUGAUAGAUGUCUCUCCAUCCAUAUUGAAUUCUCCUUCUCCCUAGUUGCGUUUUCCAUCUUCAUUGCGAGCAGGUGUUUUCUCGGCGCCUUUUUUUCCCAUGCCGAACUCCCGUAUACGAAUAUAUAUCCGAGCAUCCGCAUCUCUACGGAAUUUUUGUGUCUCACACUCAAAUCAGCCGCUAAACAAGGACUAAAACUGUUGACUUUGUGGUCGUUACUUACAACUUAUCUGAACAUCUUGUUUGAUUCCCACGUGCUCAUUUCAAAGCUCAAGUGUGAAUCAUUCCCACUUCUUGAGAUAAUAACCUAUUGUUACGCACUAACUAACUGGUCACGGUUAGAUUGGACGGUUCAGGGUAUAGUUACCUUAAUACGCCUCGGGUUCUCCAACGUCAACGAUACGUCUGUCGUCACUGAGCUGUUGCCUACCGUAGGCCUUACUGCAGCCUAA